AUUAUCAAGUAAAAAAUAUUUAGCUAUACAACCUAAUGAAAGAUGUGUUUUUAAAUAAAUAAUCGUCCUUUAGUAAAGAUUAUCAGUUUAAAAAUAACAUACACAAAUAAUACAAAUAACUAAAAAAAAUAUAAGCUUAUUUGCAAACAACAUUUAUUGAAAAAAUAUUUACACCACAAAUAUAAACAAUUUGAUUAUACAUAUUAACAUUAUAUUUAUUUAUGCACAAAAUAAUCACGUGGACCUAACAUACUUGAUCCUUUGGAAGCACGUAUGUUUAACAGUACUUAAACAAAAAACAGAUAAUAUAAAAAAAUAAUGUCUUAUACAAUUUAUACCAAACAAAAAUUAAUUUUUAUUCAAAUUAUGAAAUGUCAUUUUCAAUAAAGAAAAAUUAAAUAUAUGUGAUGUCAUGAAAUUUUCCUUACUUAAUAUUGUUAACUUAAGUACUAAAUUUAAGUUCAUAACUCGACAUAUACAGAUAUUUGAUAAUACAUUUUUGUUCGGUUAAUUGACUUACAAAUCUAAUUUUAAAUCUAUGAGUUAUUAAAAAUAAUAACAUUAAUUAAAAUAAACAGGUCAGAUUCUUCUAAGGAUGAGAAAGACAUAAAACUUUCAUUAUUAAGUACCGCUCAGGUAUCUCACAGAUAAAUAUCACAUAACACAUUACUUGUAAAUUAAGUAAAAAAAAAUAAGCCUUAACCUAAAUCUCCCUUCAUCAAAUUUUAAUUGUAUGAAAAUUAAUAUUUAUUCGUAAAUUUCAAAAUUAUAAAAUUAAUUCUCAUUAAUCAUUAAUUUCACAUGGGCAUAUACAAAUUAGAUUAUUUAUUUUAUUAUAUUGAGCAAGUGAAUGACUGAAGUAACGCUCCAUAGUAGUUAAGAAUACAAAUUAAAUGUCCUAUACUUUCUGGUAAAAUAGAUAAAUUUAAAUAAAUAUAUCAACAAAUAUCUUAGAACAGUUGGAGACAAACAAUUUGUACGUAUUCAUGAAAUUUAUUUAAUCUGGUUUAUAAAUUGGUAUUUUUGGAAUAAACUCCACCAAAAGAACCUGUAAAAAAAAAAAAUACAUAUAUAUAUUUACAUAUGUUACAUAAUUUAGUAUAAUUAAUAACAAUAAGAUAUAGAAGAGAAUGGUAAAAAAAGUAUUUUACACCUAACAUUACUCAGUACUAUUAGAUUUAAAUUUUAAACUAUAAUAAAUACAAAUUAGCUUGCACAGUAUUCAUUUAAAAAAAUCAAUAAUAUAAGAAUUUAAUUAAUCUAAAAAUUUUAAAUCUGAAUAUGUUUAAAAAUAUCUCAAAUUUGUGGAUUACAGAAUAAAUAUUUUUAAAAUGUUAUAGAAAUGAUUUAAAUAGAAUUUGAUGAAAUUAUUAAGUACACAUUUUAAAGUAUUUCUUUAGUAAAUUCAUUUAAAAAAAAAAAGAACAUUGUGUAUAGAUAAACUAUUAAUCACAACCAUUGUGGAAUUUCUUAACUUGAUAUUUGAAUGAAUUGGACCCGAGCACCAAAAUUGUAAAAUUGUCUUGAGAGUCAUACAUUAUGUAUAUCAAACUAGAUGUCCAAUAACAAACAGUUAAAAAAAAAAAAACCAAACAAAUAAUUUAAAUCCAGAGUUUAAAGAUAUUCUUAAAUAUAUAAGUAUCAGAGUCAGAAAAUAAAAAAAAUGAUUUAACUCAAUUUAUUUGCUUAUGAUAUUUAAUAUUUUGUUGUAGAAAAUACUUACACAAAAUAAUUUGUUUCAAUACUAAAAAAAAAUAUAUAUACAUUAUACUUUUUUAAAAUUAUUUACAUAACUAUAAAGUAUAAAUAUUAAAUAAUUUAACCUAGCAAUUAAAUUGUUAAAUAAUUAAUGCCUUAAAACUUACAUAUUCUGUAAUAGAAGAAGUAUCUACUCUUUGUUUGUUUAAUCUCCAAUGCAAACCAAUUUUAUGAUAAAGAUGAUUAUUUUCCCAAUCAAGUAAUUUAUUCAAACUAUGCUGAGUCUAAAACAUAAUUUUCACAAUAAGUAAUUAUAUAAAUUAAUUGUUACAAUUACAUCAGCCAAAAUUAAUUACCCUUUUGCUAAGACAAAUAACAGGCCAAAGUGAACAACCAAGAGUACAACAACAGCACAUGCAUCCACAAAACAACCAUUUAGCAUUCAUUGGUAGGCUUUUCUUUAAUACAGAAUUGAUCCGUCCCAUCGUCUCUUCAAAUUCUUCAGGUGCUACUCGUGAUACAAGUGCACUAGGGAACUCUGAUUGAAAUCUGCUACUUAACCCAAAACUAAACAAUAAAUAAAUACAAAUAAUAAGAGUACAGAUCUUAUAUUUUAGUAUACUUGAUAUAUUUUAAUAAUGCUUUCUCAACUUAUGACAUACAAAUUGUUUAGAUGUAUAAUACUAGAUUCAUGUUCUUUUAAAAAAAUGUAAAUUUAAAACUAACACCAGCUUAACUAAGUACUUAUGACUAAAAAAUUAGUUUUAGAAUGAGAAAAUCAUAGCAUUAUGUGUUUUAUCAGUUAGUAAAAAAUUUUUAAAAAAAGAAAACUUUCUGUUUGGUACUUUAUUUAAAUUUACAUAUCUAUAUAAAUAAUUAUUUAACAAUUUAAUUACUAGGUUAAAUUAUUUAAUAUUUGUACUUUCUAGUUAUGUAAAUAAAUUUAAAAAGUAUAAUGUAUACAUUUUUUUUUUUAAUAUUGAAACAAAUUAUUUUGAGUAAGUAUAUUCUACAACAAAAUAUUAAAUAUCAUAAGUAAAUUAAUUGAGUGAAAUAUUUUUUUUUUAUUUAACUGACUCAGAUACUUAUAUAUUUAAGAAUAUCUUUAACCCCUGGAUUCCAAUUAUUUGCUUAGUACUUUUUUUUUUUUUUAAAUGCUUACACUUAAAUUUUGUACAAUUUUAAAUUAUUUUUAUUGAUUUUUAGAUUACUUUAAUCAAGGUCUUCACAUUGAACAGAGUAAAUCUGUCACAUUUUCAAAUUUAUAAUCUUUUAUUAAACCAAAAAUAUUUAUAAAAACUCUAUUUUUAAUUUUAGUUACUUAUGAAAUAUACCUGGGUAGGAAUACACACAUAUUUUUUUUUCCUAAUAUCAAUAACCACAUUAAUCAUAAAUUGAGUAUUUUACAUUACUAAGAUAAAAUUAAUAUGUUAUCUAAUGUUAUGAUUGGUGUUUAAUACCACUUUACUUUUGUUAUUGGAAAACUGCAACAGUAACAAAAUCUGCAAAUAAUAAAUAGGUUCCUAUAUUUCAUUACAACUUGUGACUUAUUGAUUUUCUAGAGAAAUAUGUAAUUUUAUCUAUGCUUUUUCAAUAUUAUUUUACCUUAGGUACACAUAUUUUUAUUGAAAAUAUUUUAGAUAAUUUAUAUUUUUCAAAGAUAAAUAAUAUCAGUUAUAAAAGAAUAUAUUAGUUAAGUUUUUUCCUUUUACAAAAAAAAAUAUAAAUUUAUAAAGCUGCACUUGAUGGAGUAGCAUCAUGUAAACAUAUAUUUCUCAUAUUUGUGAUUGUAUCAGAUCAAAAAUAAUAGUGAUAUUAAAACACUUAUAGUUAAAUAAAUAUGUACAUAUUGAAAAAUAUUCCCAUUGUUUUUAUUAUAUUUUAUACAUUUAUUUCUAAAAUAUGUCAUCAUUGUUAAAAUUGCUUAAGAUUAUUUCAGAGAGUCCACUUAAAAAAUGUUUAGAUAUUCAGUAGAUAAAAAAAUUAAUCAAAUUUACAAUUGAAAAAAAGAGAUGAUCUAUUUACUAUAAUUUUAAUCUAAACCAUUCUGAACUACUUUUUAAGCCGGUUUUAAGUAAAAUUCAAAUUAAUCUCAAUACAUUGCUCAUUAAAGUAAUUUUCAAACUGAUUUUUGUCCAAACUAUAUUAUUUACAAAUAAAAAUAUACCUAAUAUAUAUUAUUAUAUAAUUAAAAAUGUAUUUGCCAUAUUAUGUUGUAAUAUAUUUAUUUCUGAUGUUUAGUGUUUGUAGAAGUUAUUAGUAUAGUAUUACAUCUAAUAAGUUAAACAUUUACUGAAAAUGUUAAUUUUGUGUAGUUAACAAGUAUAAUUUGGAUAAAAAAUAAAAUAUAUCAACUAUUUUAUAACUUAAAUAAUUAUUAUAACAAUGUUUUUUUGUCAAAUGUGAGUAAAAUAUAUUGGCAAUGUUAGAAAUGUGCUAUUUUCAAUAUCUGUUGUAGAACAAACAUAGAUUAAUAUAUAAUUUUAUCUCACAGCCAGAUAGACAGUAGACCAUUUAUAUCUAUAAUAAAUAAAUAAUUAUGCCCAGGUUUGAAAUAUCACAAAUUGUAUAAUAUAUAACUGAUAACUUAUAUGAUGUACAAAAUUAGAUAAAUAGAGAAAAUAAUAAAAGAGUUUAUUGUAAUAAACAAGCUAUACAUUUUUAUAAAAAUUAAAAUAAAUACUUAGUUAAAGUUGAUAUUGUAGUUUUUUUUUUUUUUUAUGGACGUUUUAAGAUUAAAUUUUGACAAAAAUCGUAAAUAAUGUGGCACUUCAAAACCUGAGACUCCGAUAAUAAUAAAUUACUAAUUGUUUGUUUACAAAAGACAAGAAAAUAAAUAGAAUUUGUUGAAAAUUAUGCCACAUUUAGAAAAUGCUAAUAUAAGCAAUCAGUGAAAAAGUUUAAGGCAUCUGAAAUUACUUUUGAAAAUUAGAAAUUUUGAAGUUUUAAUCUUGUAACAGAAAAUUACUUAGUUUACACCAGUCACUAAUCUGGAUUAAGGUUACCAUUUUCUUGAAUUUAUAACAUGAUGUAUACAACAAUUUUUUAGGUAUAUAAGUGAAUAAAAAAGUUAUUUGUGUAAAUACUAUUUUUCUGUAAUAUUGCCUGGCAACAUACUUCUUUUCAAUACAAAUUUAAUAACAUAUGGAUCACAAUUUACAUUGUUACUCAUUACAAUACACAGAGCAUUGCAUACAAAUCAAGGAAAUGAGUAAAGCAAGCAGGGAAUUAAGUUAAGUAAGCACGGUAAAGUCAUCUAGUUAAAUAAAAAAAUAACCUAAACAAAUUAAAUUUGAAUUACAUAUUAUGAAACACAAUUAAUAAUUUAUUGUUCAAUAAAUUUCAAAUAUUUUUAUUAUCCUCACCCAACCUACACGUAUUAAAGUUUUAUCUUAUAUAAUAAUAAUUAUCUUUAACUCUUAUAAUACAUUACAUAUCAAAUACAUAGUUAAGCAUAUCAUAUAAAUCAAUAAUAUUCCUAUUAAAUUCAAACCAUUAAAUAAACCUAGGGAUGUUGAUUUCACAGAACUUUUACAACUAAAAUGUUACAUAAAUUAAAUUUGAUAGUAACUAAUAUAACUAUUUUUUAUUAUAGAUUUUAAAUACUUUUUACUUUAUAAAAUAGUGUUUUUGAGCACAGAACACAAUGAUAUGUAUACAUUUUUAAACAAAUAAUUUGAUAUCUUUAUAUAAUAUAAGCACAAUGACCAUGAUUGUGCAACAAAAUAUUAUGUUCAAAUUAAUAAUAUAAAUAAUUACAUUAAAUGUAUAAGGUAUAUUAUAGUAAGAAUGCAGAUUACUUACACAGUAAGGUUCCCAAUGCCUCUUAUGAGUAUCGGAUCCUGGACGUGUGUUAAGUAUGCUUCAUCCAUAGAUGAGCAAGCAAUCUCUUCAUCAUACCGCUGUAUAUCGUCAAACACGGCCAUGACAUUUGUGAUAGUGAUACACAAAAUAUAAUUCGUCAGUGGAGUUUUCAAACUAAUUUAACAACAACAACUGUUUCUGAUUAAAAGUAAUUUCUAUCAGCAACCAACUGCAGAACGUGACACGAGUAAAAUACAGAGGGGAACCUAUCAGAUAUGGAAAACUAGUUUGUUGUCACUACAACACACAACGACGUGCGCGGUCGCACGGAUUGUACAGCAACAAAAGAGUUUUCUUAUUCAAUUUUUCCGAUACAGAAAUCUUGGCCUAGAUACGAGUACUGUCUGCCAGUGGUAUCAACGUGUCUCGUCGAUUGUAAAACAAUUACAGCACAAUUUUACAUAGGUACUUACCUCGUACACCGGUGUCCACUGUCCAGUCCACAGUAGAGUAGUAAUAUGGAUAUGGAAAAAAGGGCUACUAGAUAAAAACAAAAGCACAAAGAAUCAAACUCGGAUGAGUAUGAGUCCCGACGGACUAAGGAUGUAAUUCAACAACAAUGCGAACAGAUUUUCAUUGUCGUUUCGACUCCGUGGUCCUACGGAUUUUAAGCGCAAUAACAUGAUGUUUUUGUUCCUCGCGUUUCGUUGUGUUGGCAACUCGCGCGCAUUAUCUAUUACCCUUAUUUUAUCGCUAUCACAAUACAAUGUUGACAGUAAUAAAAUUAAUACAAAUUAUGAAAAUAUUGAAAAUGUAAAUAUUAUUAUGUAUACAGUAGUUGUAUAUUUUGAUCUAUAAUCAGUUGUAAUUAUAUUAUUUAUUAUACUGUGCUGUCAAAAUCAAAAUAUCUUUGUAUAGAUAGAUGUAUAGGUGUAUUAAGGUUUACAUUGUAGAGUAAUAAUAUAGAUACCACAUGUAUAAACGUACUAUGGAUGAAGACAGAAAUAAGUCUCCAGAGGAUAAUAUCCCUCUAGCAGACGACGAUCCUCAAGGUAAAUGAUUAUAAUGUUUCGACCUAACAUGUACUAUUGAUUGUUUACUUUUGAAUUAUAUUUGCAGCUAUUAUUCACGAUGACCACGAUGUAUCUCAGUGUUCUGAUGUUAUUGUGCGCAAUCAAAGUAUGGAUUCAUUACAAUCAUCAUUCACAAACGGCAGUAGUAGUCCAAGCAGAAACAGUUAGUCUUCAUAUAUUCCCAGGACUUUUAUCAUACAUUUAACCCAUACAUUAAAGAAUACACAAGGAUAUAGUAUAUCGUUAUUUUAUUUAUUCAUAGGUCUAGAUCCUGAUAUGAGUCCUGAUGAAUUGGAAGAAAAAGCAAGGCUUAUCACACAAGUUUUAGAAUUACAAAAUACAUUGGAUGGUAAAUUUCUAAAAUCAAAAAUAAUUGCAUAAUAAGUGUAAAUUUAAUACUAUAUGCAUUAUAUAGAUUUAUCUCAGCGCGUGGAUAGUGUAAAAGAAGAAAACCUGAAAUUAAGAUCUGAAAACCAAGUUCUAGGGCAAUACAUUGAAAAUCUAAUGUCUGCAUCCAGUGUAUUCCAAACAACGUCUCCAAGAGUAAAAAAGAAAUGAGUACAUUCAUGAUUUUGUACAACAAGGAUUUUUUUGUUUAUUUGUUGCCAUAAACAUCGAAAAUUAGAUAAACUUAAAUGGUUACAAUCUACACAAAGCUUGAUUGCGUUUUACCACAAACCAAAUUAUCAUUUAUAACCAUAAUAAUUUUAAAAUUUACUAUUUAUGCGCUAGUUAAUA